CUAUUGAAGAUUCUGCGUCUGUCGCCAAAGAUUUUAAGAUUUUUGGUCAGAAAUGGAGGACAAUGAUCCCUGGGAUUCCCUCUCUCAUUUCACCUUAGCUGAGGUUCUGCAAAUGGAGAACAAUUACAAGGCAAAAGGAAAUGAGACGCUUAAUGAGGAAUUCUGCAAGAAGCUAGCUACCAACUUCAGCUCCUCUUCAACCCGUCUGGGAAAAUCUACUGUGACAUGGCAACAGGUCCAACAUUUUUUCCGAGAAAAACAACUGGAGAAGCAAAGUGAACAAGAUUCAUCAGCACUGGCCAUAGAACUUUUUGUUGAUCUUUCUGAUGCAAACUCAAGCAAACCGCUAGAAUUCAUGCAAAGAAGAAAAGGUACAGCUGAAGAUCUUAAGGAGUUGUCAUUUGAAGCCAGAUCAUCAAAAGAUUAUGCAUGGUAUGAUGUUGAAACGUUCCUCAACUACAGAGUCCUUUAUAAUGGUGAACUUGAAGUUCGUGUACGAUUCUCUGGGUUCGAUAAAGCAGAGGAUGAGUGGGUGAAUGUAGAAACUGCAGUUCGUGAACGAUCUAUUCCUUUAGAACCUUCAGAAUGUGAUCUGGUUAAGAUUGGAGACCUCGUGCUGUGUUACCUGGAUAGGGAGUAUUAUCAACUUUACUGUGACGCCCAUGUCAUGGAUGUUAGAAGGCAGACGCAUGAUGCUAAAAGCUGUACGUGCGUAUUUGUUGUCUGCUAUGACCAUGACUACUCUGAGGAGAAUGUUUCACUGGAGAGGUUAUGUCGCAGGCCUGUUAUUUAAAAGCAGUAGUUGUGCAGAAACAAAUUGAAGUCGAGUGUAAGCAAAUCUUUGGUUGCAUUUUCACAAACAAGAGUUUGUAGGGUCCUUCA